UCGGGUCUCCCCCACCUACUCCACCUACACCCCCUCCCUGCCUCGCACCCCCUUGCUCGCUACACUUCGCUCCUUCCUCGCACUGAUUGUCACACAUUGUUUACUACGGCUUGAAAUGUGACACACAACAGAGGCUAUCUGCUGGAGUACCGCUCUGACAACUGGGAUUCUUUUUGACGCGCCCCGUGCGUCUUGGUUAUUUGGGGGACAGGCUGUGGAGACUACCCUUCUGCCAUGACAGUGGAUUUGUUUGCGCUCUUAUGCGUGCUGGUCAUCACAUCCUCUGCGAUGGAAGAGACCUUGAUGGACACUCGGGUGGCCACAGCUGAGCUGGGGUGGACAGCAUAUCCUAAUUCUGGGUGGGAGGAGGUGAGUGGCUAUGACGAAAACCUCAACACCAUCAGGACGUACCAGGUGUGCAAUGUCUUCGAACCAAGUCAAAACAACUGGCUCCUCACAACCUUCAUUGAUCGCCGCGGAGCACAGCGCAUCUAUGUGGAGAUACGAUUCACCGUGCGCGACUGCAGCUCCAUCCCAAAUGUCCCCGGUUCCUGCAAGGAGACAUUUAAUCUCUACUAUUAUGAAAACGAUGCUGUCAUUGCCACUAAAGGCACAGUCUUCUGGAUGGAGGCCCCCUACCUCAAAGUGGACACCAUUGCUGCUGAUGAAAGCUUCUCACAGGUGGACUUUGGCGGACGCCUGAUGAAAGUUAACACAGAGGUUCGAAGCUUUGGUCCGCUGUCUAAAAAUGGCUUCUACCUGGCCUUUCAGGACUAUGGGGCCUGUAUGUCUCUUCUGUCAGUCAGGGUGUUUUAUAAGAAGUGUCCAAGUGUGGUCCAGAACUUUGCAGUCUUUCCAGAGACCAUGACAGGGGCUGAAAGCACUUCCCUGGUCAUUGCUAGAGGGACCUGCAUCGCAAACUCAGAGGAAGUAGAUGUCCCUAUAAAGCUCUACUGUAACGGAGAUGGAGAGUGGAUGGUUCCUAUCGGUAGCUGCACUUGCAAAGCUGGGUUUGAACCUGACAAUGGCAAUGUCUGCCGAGCAUGUCCACCGGGUACCUUCAAGUCGACCCAAGGUCCAAGUCUUUGUCUACAGUGCCCUCCUAACAGCCGCUCCACAUCUGAGGCUGCCACCAUCUGCGUGUGCCGCAACGGCUACUACCGUGGGGAUGGUGAUCAGCCAGAUAAACCUUGCACCAGCGUGCCAUCCAGCCCGAGAAAUGUGAUCUCCAUCGUCAAUGAAACCUCGGUGAUCCUGGAGUGGCAUGCCCCCAGGGAGACGGGUGGUCGUGAUGAUGUCGUCUACAACAUAGUGUGCAAGAAGUGCCAGGCCAACCGGCGUUCCUGUUCCCACUGUGAUGACAAUGUCGAGUUUGUUCCUAGACAGCUGGGCCUGACCGAGACCAGGGUGUUCAUCAGCAACUUAUUGGCUCAUACCGUCUACAGCUUCGAGAUACAGGCCGUCAAUGGUGUCAGCAAUAAGAGUCCAUACCCUGCGCAGCAUGUUUCCAUAGAUAUCACCACCAACCAGGCUGCUCCUUCAAUAGUUCCCAUCAUGCACCAAAUCAGCUCCACCAUGAAUAGCUUCACACUCUCAUGGCCUCAACCAGAACAGCCAAAUGGCAUCAUCCUCGACUACGAGCUACGCUACUAUGAAAAGGACCAUGCAGAGAUUAACUCCACUAUCCUGCGGAGCCAAACUAACACAGCGCGUGUGGAGGCCCUCAGGCCGGGUACAGUCUAUGUGGUACAGGUGCGCGCACGGACUGUGGCUGGCUUUGGCAAAUACAGCAGCAAGAUGUGCUUCCAAACCCUCACAGAUGAUGACUUCAAGUCUGAGCUGAGGGAACAGCUUCCUCUGAUUGCGGGGUCAGCAGCAGCAGGAGUGGUCUUCAUUGUUUCCCUUAUUGCUAUCUCCAUUGUUUGCAGCAGGAAAAGAGCAUAUUCCAAGGAGGCGGUGUACAGUGACAAGCUGCAACAUUACACAACAGGAAGAGAACUCUCAUUGCGAGCCGACAUGUCUAACUGCCCCUCCCCACUGGGCUGCCCGACCCACUUCUCAGGCUCUCCGGGGAUGAAGAUCUACAUUGACCCCUUCACCUACGAGGACCCAAACGAAGCUGUACGAGAAUUUGCCAAGGAGAUAGAUGUUUCUACUGUCAAAAUAGAGGAGGUCAUUGGUGCAGGGGAAUUUGGGGAAGUCUACAAGGGCCGUUUGAAGCUACCUGGCAAGAGGGAAAUCUAUGUAGCCAUUAAGACCUUGAAGGCGGGCUAUGUGGAGAAGCAGAGGCGGGACUUCCUGUCUGAAGCAUCAAUCAUGGGCCAGUUUGACCACCCGAACAUUAUCCGUCUUGAGGGUGUAGUCACAAAGAGCCGUCCAGUUAUGAUCGUUACUGAGUUUAUGGAGAAUGGCGCCCUUGACUCAUUCCUCAGGCAAAAUGAUGGUCAGUUCACAGUGAUCCAGUUGGUGGGAAUGAUGCGUGGGAUUUCUGCAGGAAUGAAAUAUCUCUCAGAAAUGAACUACGUCCAUCGUGACCUGGCCGCACGGAACAUUCUCGUCAACAGCAACUUGGUGUGUAAAGUGUCCGACUUUGGUCUGUCACGCUACCUGCAGGAUGACACGUCUGAUCCCAGCUACACCAGCUCUCUGGGUGGGAAGAUCCCAGUGAGGUGGACAGCACCAGAGGCCAUCGCUUACCGAAAAUUUACCUCGGCCAGUGACGUGUGGAGUUACGGCAUCGUCAUGUGGGAGGUGAUGUCAUUUGGAGAGAGGCCUUACUGGGACAUGUCCAACCAGGAUGUAAUUAAUGCUAUUGAGCAGGACUACCGUUUGCCACCACCCAUGGACUGCCCCAGCGCCUUGCACCAGCUGAUGCUGGACUGUUGGCAAAAAGACCGCAACGUGCGACCCCGCUUCACAGACAUCGUCAGUACUCUGGAUAAGAUGAUCCGUAACCCCGCCAGCCUCAAAGCUGUAGCCAAUAUUCCUGCAGUGCCCUCUCAGCCACUGCUGGACAGAUCCAUACCCGACGUCAACACCUUCAGCUCAGUCGAGGACUGGCUCGCUGCCAUCAAGAUGAGCCAGUACAGAGACAACUUCCUCAACUCAGGCUUUACCUCCCUGCAGCUGGUGGCACAAAUGACCUCAGAAGACUUGCUGAGAAUAGGAGUGACCCUGGCAGGCCACCAGAAGAAAAUCCUUACUAAUAUCCAGUCCAUGAGGGUGCAGAUGAGCCAGUCAUCUACGCCAAUGGCAUGACUACCGGAGGCGCUGUGCCAUGGAACAGGCAGCAUUCGAAGGACCAACAAAAAUAGCAGCCCUCGAAUGACCCCCGAUCCAUCGGAACGCGCCAGAGUCGAAACUAUUGUCUUAAUCUAAUCCACUAUCAUGACAACAGGAGACCAGGGUCUACACUUCCACAUGGUUAACAGCUGUCACACUUCAUGCAAUCCACGACAGGAGUUCAGGGUCCAGACUUGAUACUGUUUAUCCAUUCAUCACAAAAGGGAAAUCAAUGUCCGUUGUUGUGGUUAUGAACUACCAUUCAUUCCAUUUUGAACCAAAAUAACCAACAAUCAGACAUCAACACAAAGAACUUCUCAGAGUUUCAAACUGUGGUAAAGUGAGUGAUACUGUACUUCUGCUUCAUGUGGACUAGAAGGUGUUAAAACUUUAAACUGAAACGUGAGGCAUUUAGAAACAUGUGACGUGUGAUUUUACCCAUCCUGUCUUCAGUCUGUGCAAUGAAGAUGCCUUGACCUGGCGGGAAAUAAGUUCCAGAAGAAGAAGAAAAAAAGAAGAAAAACAAAACAAAACACCUACCAGUGGAAAUCAUUAGAGGGAGAAGCAUACAGGGAUGUACAGCAGAGCACCAUUUUCAACUUUCACAUCAUGUUGUACUUGUUUAAAAAAUGUUUUAAAAAGUGUAUUGUAAAUGGACAGGUAACAAAAAAACAAAAACAAAAAAAGAUCAGAGCUUAGUUAUAUUUUUAUCCUUUACCAUGUGUUUGUUUGUCUGUUUUAUCAUUAUAGCAAGAUGCAGUCCACUUGUAUUUUAUCUUUAACACUACCUGUGGAGUCUUGGGUGGAGGGCCUUGCUAAAGGACUUCUUAACCCAAGCCACCCACUUUCAGAGAAUAUAAAUAUGUUUAUCUCUUGCUAAAUAUGAUUAUAUCUUUCAUAAUAAACCUUCAUAUUGAAGGUGAUAUAAAUGCAUAUGUAUGUACAGAACUCUAUGCUUGCAUUUUGGCAAAGACAUGUUGACUGAAUUCUGACUGAGACACAUGCAAUGUUUAGAUUCCAGUUUCCUUUGGAUAACUGAACAAUGGGCACUGGAUUGUAUGUCUCGUUGCUCCAGGGAUUUAAGGACAAUUUGGGCUGACUGGAGAAAAUGUAAAAAGAAUGGCUGAAGAAUUGGUAUUGUAGAAUUGUAUGAAAAUUGCUGUAGGAGUUAAAAUAACUGACAAACUAUCCAUUAACUGGGGGUAAUGUUAAAUGUGGGUGUACACAUGCUGUCUCUUGCUGGUGAGCACUUAGUUGUACAGAUAUGUUUUAUGUUUCAUCUUCUUUCUUGACCUGUUGUUUGUCUCGGGAGCGGUCAGCACCAUCCACAGGGGGAAUGAUCCUCCGUUUCCUGCCCCGGGACUGGCCCAAAUUCACGACUGGGAACUCAAAGAUUUACACACUUAUAAAACCGGCAUACACCCGGCACUUCACAAUUAUAUUCUCAUGGAUGCGCACAGUGAACACCAAGAAGAAUCGCAGCGGGCCAGUGAGAACAGGUGAAGCCAAAAGCUUUGAGUAUGCCAGUCACAACCUCUCUCUGUGUGAUGAGCAGUGGAUGGGGGGAGCUGACUGUGAGUGUGCACAUGUCACAGUUUAUUUGUUUGUGUGUUCAAGAGAGAAUGGAUGUAUGCAUAUCAGGCACAUUUGUGUGUACAGACAUUGUGUGCACAGGUACAUUGGUUUCCUUUUUCUUUCUUUUUUUUUAGUUUGUGUAUAGCAGCCACUUGUAAAUUGUGACAAGUAUGUGUCAAGAGUUUGUAAGCUGUAACUUUCUGAGAACUAUUGUACUAAAAUGCACUCAAUAAACGCCUUGGAAAACAA